CUUGUGUUCCGACGUGCAUUUCUUUCACGUCGGCAUCUCUCGUCUCACUCCCACCGUCAUAUUACAUUAGCGCACGUAUUUCGUAUUUCGAUUCUCGGUCCGAUGUUAUGCGUGUAGUGGCUAGUAGCUACUGCGGUUUCCUUGCAAUGGAGUUCAGAUGAAGCGGCGGCGGGAGGGGGGUCAAAGAGCUCUCGAUGGAGCUGCUGCUGCUGCUGCUGCUGCUUCUGCUGCUGCUGCUGCUGGACGCAUCGCUAAAAGUCGCGGAUGAAGAACAUUGAUAGAAUAGCCCAAGUUUCUCUUGAAUAAAAAUUUGACCAUGGAAUCUUUGGAAAGAAAAGAUGUGAGUACAGGCACCGAUGAGCCAAUAAAAUUGGAAGAGAUAGCGCAGAGUCCAGAUACAAGCGAAAGGAGCAACAAUGCGGCUUCGCCACCUCCAAAUUGUAGCAUUUGUUUGGGAAAGUUGAUCAAUAAAUCAUUUACCGACAGUUGUUUACAUCAGUUCUGUUUUACAUGCUUGUUGCAAUGGUCUAAAAUUAAAACAGAAUGUCCCCUAUGCAAGCAGACAUUUAAAUCCAUAAUACAUAAUGUUAGAUCUGAGGAAGAUUACGAUCAGUAUCAUGUACAGUAUACAUCGCAAGUCGCUGCAACGCUGGACGUUACAGCUGAUAUUCAUAUCAGCGGCCAAUGGGAUGUUGCAGUUGGAGUUGGAGUUCCAGUUCGUCCAUUUAUGUACAGAACGACUAUGGGAGCCAAUCGUAGGUAUGGAAUGCUUUUAAAUCCAGAGGCUGUUGCUCGACGAGAACAAAUUCCUAGUGUUCCUUCGCAAAUUUCUAACGAAGAAAGGAGACGUAGAUCUGCUAAUCCAAUAGAUUAUCGGCGAACGGUAUAUAGACAUAGAAUCUGGUCUGCGCCAUUGCCAGACGCUUUUGGCCAUUAUCGCGAAUCCAGUGCCGAAUACUACAGGCGACAUCCUGCAGAAAUAAAUAGACUUGUUCCCUGGCUUAAUCGAGAAUUACAAGUAUUGUUGAAUAAUAGACCACAUAUUGCCUAUGUUAUGAGUGUUAUUACGGAGUCGGUCACUCAAUAUAAUAUUCUCAGUCCUGAAUUUCGCAAUGUUGUUCGACCAUUCUUUGGUAUUCAUACGGAUCAUUUUCUCCAUGAAUUCUCAAAUUAUGCUCGAACAAAUUUCGAUUUAGUUGGUUAUGAUCAAGCUAUUAACUAUAUUCCUAAUCGAGGUCUUUCAAAUGACUAUGUUCCAAGAACAAUAUCUCCGACACCAAGUAGAAGUAGUAGUUCGUCGAGCGAUUCAGAUGUACGUAUAUUAAAUGAUAGCCUUGACUUUCCUGGAUUGAACUCUUUCAGCAUGCCUGCAGCUGGAUCUCAUAUAAUCGAUAUUCCAGGUCCAAGUACGGUAGGACAGGCAUUUAGAGUCCAGUUGCCUUAUACAACUUCGGAUGUUCUUACCAUAUCGUCUACGUCGUCGUCAUCUGAUAACGAAUGUGAGGUAAUCGGUUAUGUCAAACCGCGUCACGAAAGAACACCUGAAAUAAUCGAUUUAUCUUCGUCCGAAGCAGAAGAAAUGAAUACCCCAUUGCAAUUCAGCGAAACCAAUAAUAUCCAAUCCGAAGUGGUGGUGCCACUUAAGGAAGAAAAUUUACCGAGCACAUCCUCCUACGACAAUGGCAACAGACGAACUCGACGUCAAAGCGAAGACGCGGUCAAAGCCCAGAUGUACGAAUAUCUGAAUACGACUUCAGAUAGCGACAGUGACGCGAACGACAGUGAUUACAAUCCUGUUAAUAGACGCCAGUGUUACAAAAGUUCCUCGAAAAAGGCCUCGAAGGUCGUCCUGCGCAAGCUGCGGUCGCGUAAGCACAAAAAGUCGACGACCUGCCGACGCAAACGCACCAGGGAGACGCGCAAUAGAUCGUCGUAUUCGAGUUUUGGCAGUGAUAACGAGAGCCCGCAACGGGAGGCAUCCAAUUCUCGAGGGAACAAAAAAUACUUGUCGAAGAGUUCGGACGAUUCGGAUUACGAGAUAAGUACGAGGAAGAGUAAGCGAAGCAAGAAGAGCAAGUGCUCGAAGAAGGCCAAGAAGCGCUGUAAUAGCAGUAGUUGGUCUUCCAAGAGCGUUUACAAUAGUAGUUAUAGUAGUAGCUCGAGCAUCGACAGCGACAGCGGCGAGGAGCACAAUAACAAGCGCAACAAAAAUAGGAUUAAGAGAGACACGGUAACGACGAAUUCCAGUCGCUACUCGUUGGAAGAGCCGUCGACCAAUGAUAAGUGCUUCUCGAAUAAUAGCAACGGCGAAACGAGAGGAACAAGUCAGCGGAAGUGCGGCAAAGUGUUCGUUGGUUCCGAUCUGUCCGACUAUAGGAGAUCCGAAUCCUCUAGACGGUCAUCCAGCGGGAGUUUCGAUAGUCGUAAGAAUACGGAGAGAUUGCAAGGUGUCGAGACGAAUAGCCGACGCUGCAUAAGCGACGGGGACGACAAUAGCAGCGUUUAUUCGGGAAACGUAUCGACCUCGUAUCCCAAGAGGAAAACGAGCGUUAAGUCAACGUCGAGCCAAGGGACGAAUUACUCAACCGACCGAUCCAGCACGAUAACGAUGUCGGCCUCGAGUACGAAAAGUGACGCGUCUUCGAUAAAUGAACAUUCCGUAUUAUCAAAAGCCAGCAGAGACAGAUAUCGAUCUCACAAAAAGCAUAAAGAGUCUAAGAAACGGAGGCGAUCCCGUAGUUAAUCGUAUUUGUGAGAGAGACAAAGAGACAUAGAGAGAGAGAGAGGGGGGGAGA